CUUUUUCAACUAUGUGUAUUAUCUUUUAUAUAUCAUUUAUUACGUUCACUGCGUAGCACAUGUUUAUAUUAAUAAUUAAACAAUAAUCUAGAUUUUACAAAACAACUAUUUUAAAAAAAGAAAAUGAGUGAUAGUGGUCCAAACUCGAUUCGAUGUACCAAUGAACAUGAUGGACAGAAACUGGUAUCUGAUACUUUAAAUUUUCCAAUCAACGAACUAUUUACUAUAAUUUUCACACACUCGCAAUUCUUCGACGACUUUCAAGAGCUAAGAAAGAAUACCGUUUUACAACUGACAGAAUGGGAAGAGAAUUCUUUAGACAACACCAAAACCCGACUAGUCUCUUUAAUUAUGACAUUGCCAAAAGGUUUGGGACCUAAAACAUCGCAAUGUCUUUCAACACAAGUAAUAUUGCCUUGUAGUAAGCCGGAAUAUCUCUACAGUAUAGAUGAAGAAACCCUCAAUGAAGGAAUUCCUUACGCAGACAGAUUUAAAAUUCAAGUACAUUUCUGUUUAGAAAGAAUUUCAGAUAAUAAAACUUCAAUUACGGUAUAUGGAAAAGUGGUUUAUAACAAAUCUAUAUUAGGAUUUAUAAAAAGCAUGAUUGAGAAAAACGCUCUCGCUGGGGUCAUUGAUACCUAUAGUACGAUGUUUCGGAUAUUAAAGGAGAAAGGUGAUGAGUACCGACUUGGCAAUAAAAGGCGUGUGAAAAGAAAAGCUCCUGUAAAAGUUAAAGAAAACAGAUAUCAUAUGGAGAAGAAAAGACCGCCAAAGUCAAAAUCAUCCCACACUGCUAUUUGGAUUAUUUUCUUUUUCUUAUUAUUCCUCCUGUUAGUAAAUGCAGUGUUGUAUGGAAAGGUUUUAUCUUUGGAAAAGUCCGACCCAUUCUCAGAAUUAAAUGUACAAUUUGGAGAUAUUCAUAAUUCAGAAUCUGCCAUUCUUGACUCAGACCAAUGGAAAAAGUUAUUAGAAGAAAGUAUAGAUUUGCUAAAACGGGCAAGUGUUAAUUGAAAAGUAUUUUGACGAUAUACAUCUUAUUAAAAAUGUACGUUUUACAGGUGGAACAUUCUAUUAUGUCUAAGAAAAAGUUAUUAAUAGAUAGAAAUAGAAAUGAAUUGUGAAGUAAAUAUGAAUAAAAUGUAUUUAUUUUUUACUCCAUCUAAUUUAAUAUUCCAACCUUUAUUGAAAAUAUGAAAAAAAUAAAACAAGUUCAUGACCUUGAUAUAUACAGUUUAUUACAAUAUAUAUGACAAGGUGUAUUUUAUAACAACUUAUGAAUAGUCAUUUACUUGUCUUCUGGCUUAGAGAAAA